AUGACCGGGGGGGGGGGGGGGGGGGGGGGGGGGGGGGGGGGGGGGGGGGGGGGGGGGGGGGGGGGGGGGGGGGGGGGGGGGGGGGGGGGGGGGGGGGGGGGGGGGGGGGGGGGGGGGGGGGGGGGGGGGGGGGGGGGGGGGGGGGGGGGGGGGGGGGGGGGGGGGGGGGGGGGGGGGGGGGGGGGGGGGGGGGGGGGGGGGGGGGGGGGGGGGGGGGGGGGGGGGGGGGGGGGGGGGGGGGGGGGGGGGGGGGGGGGGGGGGGGUGGGGGGGGGGGGGGGGGGGGGGGGGGGGGGGGGGGGGGGGGGGGGGGGGGGGGGGGGGGGGGGGGGGGGGGGGGGGGGGGGGGGGGGGGGGGGGGGGGGGGGGGGGGGGGGGGGGGGGGGGGGGGGGGGGGGGGGGGGGGGGGGGGGGGGGGGGGGGGGGGAGGGGGGGGGGGGGGGGGGGGGGGGGGGGGGGGGGGGGGGGGGGGGGGGGGGGAGGGGGGGGGGGGGGGGGGGGGGGGGGGGGGGGGGGGGGGGGGGGGGGGUGGGGGGGGGGGGGGGGGGGGGGGGGGGGGGGGGGGGGGGGGGGGGGGGGGGGGGGAGGGGGGGGGGGGGGGGGGGGGGGGGGGGGGGGGGGGGGGGGGGGGGGGGGGGGGGGGGGGGGGGGGGGGGGGGGGGGGGGGGGGGGGGGGGGGGGGGGGGGGGGGGGGGGGGGGGGGGGGGGGGGGGGGGGGGGGGGGGGGGGGGGGGGGGGGGGGGGGGGGGGGGGGGGGGGGGGGGGGGGGGGGGGGGGGGGGGGGGGGGGGGGGGGGGGGGGGGGGGGGGGGGGGGGGGGGGGGGGGGGGGGGGGGGGGGGGGGGGGGGGGGGGGGGGGGGGGGGGGGGGGGGGGGGGGGGGGGGGGGGGGGGGGGGGGGGGGGGGGGGGGGGGGGGGGGGGGGGGGGGGGGGGGGGGGAGGGGGGGGGGGGGGGGGGGGGGGGGGGGGGGGGGGGGGGGGGGGGGGGGGGGGGGGGGGGGGGGGGGGGGGGGGGGGGGGGGGGGGGGGGGAGGGGGGGGGGGGGGGGGGGGGGGGGGGGGGGGGGGGGGGGGGGGGGGGGGGGGGGGGGGGGGGGGGGGGGGGGGGGGGGGGGGGGGGGGGGGGGGGGGGGGGGGGGGGGGGGGGGGGGGGGGGGGGGGGGGGGGGGGGGGGGGGGGGGGGGGGGGGGGGGGGGGGGGGGGGGGGGGGGGGGGGGGGGGGGGGGGGGGGGGGGGGGGGGGGGGGGGGGGGGGGGGGGGGGGGGGGGGGGGGGGGGGGGGGGGGGGGGGGGGGGGGGGGGGGGGGGGGGGGGGGGGGGGGGGGGGGGGGGGGGGGGGGGGGGGGGGGGGGGGGGGGGGGGGGGGGGGGGGGGGGGGGGGGGGGGGGGGGGGGGGGGGGGGGGGGGGGGGGGGGGGGGGGGGGGGGGGGGGGGGGGGGGGGGGGGGGGGGGGGGGGGGGGGGGGGGGGGGGGGGGGGGGGGGGGGGGGGGGGGGGGGGGGGGGGGGGGGGGGGGGGGGGGGGGGGGGGGGGGGGGGGGGGGGGGGGGGGGGGGGGGGGGGGGGGGGGGGGGGGGGGGGGGGGGGGGGGGGGGGGGGGGGGGGGGGGGGGGGGGGGGGGGGGGGGGGGGGGGGGGGGGGGGGGGGGGGGGGGGGGGGGGGGGGGGGGGGGGGGGGGGGGGGGGGGGGGGGGGGGGGGGGGGGGGGGGGGGGGGGGGGGGGGGGGGGGGGGGGGGGGGGGGGGGGGGGGGGGGGGGGGGGGGGGGGGGGGGGGGGGGGGGGGGGGGGGGGGGGGGGGGGGGGGGGGGAGGGGGGGGGGGGGGGGGGGGGGGGGGGGGGGGGGGGGGGGGGGGGGGGGGGGGGGGGGGGGGGGGGGGGGGGGGGGGGGGGGGGGGGGGGGGGGGGGGGGGGGGGGGGGGGGGGGGGGGGGAGGGGGGGGGGGGGGGGGGGGGGGGGGGGGGGGGGGGGGGGGGGGGGGGGGAGGGGGGGGGGGGGGGGGGGGGGGGGGGGGGGGGGGGGGGGGGGGGGGGGGGGGGAGGGGGGGGGGGGGGGGGGGGGGGGGGGGGGGGGGGGGGGGGGGGGGGGGGGGGGGGGGGGGGGGGGGGGGGGGGGGGGGGGGGGGGGGGGGGGGGGGGGGGGGAGGGGGGGGGGGGGGGGGGGGGGGGGGGGGGGGGGGGGGGGGGGGGGGGGGGGGGGGGGGGGGGGGGGGGGGGGGGGGGGGGGGGGGGGGGGGGGGGGGGGGGGGGGGGGGGGGGGGGGGGGGGGGGGGGGGGGGGGGGGGGGGGGGGGGGGGGGGGGGGGGGGGGGGGGGGGGGGGGGGGGGUGGGGGGGGGAGGGGGGGGGGGGGGGGGGGGGGGGGGGGGGGGGGGGGGGGGGGGGGGGGGGGGGGGGGGGGGGGGGGGGGGGGGGGGGGGGGGGGGGGGGGGGGGGGGGGGGGGGGGGGGGGGGGGGGGGGGAGGGGGGGGGGGGGGGGGGGGGGGGGGGGGGGGGGGGGGGGGGGUGGGGGGGGGGGGGGGGGGGGGGGAGGGGGGGGGGGGGGGGGGGGGGGGGGGGGGGGGGGGGGGGGGGGAGGGGGGGGGGGGGGGGGGGGGGGGGGGGGGGGGGGGGGGGGGGGGGGGGGGGGGGGGGGGGGGGGGGGGGGGGGGGGGGGGGGGGGGGGGGGGGGGGGGGGGGGGGGGGGGGGGGGGGGGGGGGGGGGGGGGGGGGGGGGGGGGGGGGGGGGGGGGGGGGGGGGGGGGGGGGGGGGGGGGGGGGGGGGGGGGGGGGGGGGGGGGGGGGGGGGGGGGGGGGGGGGGGGGGGGGGGGGGGGGGGGGGGGGGGGGGGGGGGGGGGGGGGGGGGGGGGGGGGGGGGGGGGGGGGGGGGGGGGGGGGGGGGGGGGGGAGGGGGGGGGGGGGGGGGGGGGGGGGGGGAGGGGGGGGGGGGGGGGGGGGGGGGGGGGGGGGGGGGGGGGGGGGGGGGGGGGGGGGGGGGGGGGGGGGGGGGGGGGGGGGGGGGGGGGGGGGGGGGGGGGGGGGGGGGGGGGGGGGGGGGGGGGGGGGGGGGGGGGGGGGGGGGGGGGGGGGGGGGGGGGGGGGGGGGGGGGGGGGGGGGGGGGGGGGGGGGGGGGGGGGGGGGGGGGGGGGGGGGGGGGGGGGGGGGGGGGGGGGGGGGGGGGGGGGGGGGGGGGGGGGGGGGGGGGGGGGGGGGGGGGGGGGGGGGGGGGGGGGGGGGGGGGGGGGGGGGGGGGGGGGGGGGGGGGGGGGGGGGGGGGGGGGGGGGGGGGGGGGGGGGGGGGGGGGGGGGGGGGGGGGGGGGGGGGGGGGGGGGGGGGGGGGGGGGGGGGGGGGGGGGGGGGGGGGGGGGGGGGGGGGAGGGGGGGGGGGGGGGGGGGGGGGGGGGGGGGGGGGGGGGGGGGGGGGGGGGGGGGGGGGGGGGGGGGGGGGGGGGGGGGGGGGGGGGGGGGGGGGGGGGGGGGGGGGGGGGGGGGGGGGGGGGGGGGGGGGGGGGGGGGGGGGGGGGGGGGGGGGGGGGGGGGGGGGGGGGGGGGGGGGGGGGGGGGGGGGGGGGGGGGGGGGGGGGGGGGGGGGGGGGGGGGGGGGGGGGGGGGAGGGGGGGGGGGGGGGGGGGGGGGGGGGGGGGGGGGGGGGGGGGGGGGGGGGGGGGGGGGGGGGGGGGGGGGGGGGGGGGGGGGGGGGGGGGGGGGGGGGGGGGGGGGGGGGGGGGGGGGGGGGGGGGGGGGGGGGGGGGGGGGGGGGGGGGGGGGGGGGGGGGGGGGGGGGGGGGGGGGGGGGGGGGGGGGGGGGGGGGGGGGGGGGGGGGGGGGGGGGGGGGGGGGGGGGGGGGGGGGGGGGGGGGGGGGGGGGGGGGGGGGGGGGGGGGGGGGGGGGGGGGGGGGGGGGGGGGGGGGGGGGGGGGGGGGGGGGGGGGGGGGGGGGGGGGGGGGGGGGGGGGGGGGGGGGGGGGGGGGGGGGGGGGGGGGGGUGGGGGGGGGGGGGGGGGGGGGGGGGGGGGGGGGGGGGGGGGGGGGGGGGGGGGGGGGGGGGGGGGGGGGGGGGGGGGGGGGGGGGGGGGGGGGGGGGGGGGGGGGGGGGGGGGGGGGGGGGGGGGGGGGGGGGGGGGGGGGGGGGGGGGGGGGGGGGUAUCAUCGUGA